CGGAAAGUCCGGGCUGAAAGCUUGGCGAUCUAUCUCUAGCUGAGCUGGGGUUCCUGUCUCCUGAACUCACGAAAGAUAUCCCUGUUUGCGCUUUGCAGACGUGGCUGUCUGGUUCAGGGCCCGCUGUCACCCUCCCGGAUCGUCCACCACCAACGUCCCCGGAUGCAGUGCAGCAGGCUCCUGCCCCUUCAGCAUUAACCCCCUAAGGACCUCAAAUCCCCGCUGUGCUUUAGGCGGCGUCACUGAAAAAGCCCAGGCGGCCACGUGCUGCGCCGCCACUGCGCGGGAUGUGCGAGGAUGGCUUCGCGAGGUCAACGCUAAGGGAGCCCACCCCACCCGCGGAAACCGUCACGCGGGACGCGAUCGUUGAGUGCCUUGCAAAAGAAACACAUAAAGGUUAUCAAUUGGACCAGCAGAGGGGUUGGGAGCCCGGUUUAGGAAAGGGGUGAAAAAGAGCCAAGCCAAGGAGACUUCCCCUUUCGAUUUAUGCUCAUCAAGCUGCAAAUAAACCCGCUGGCCCCACUGCAAUCUUCUGCACUAGAGUACCAAGAGAGCCUGUUCCUGUGAAGCUCUGAAGGCGUGAGGAAUGCUGUUGUAAAAAAUUAAUAAUACGAUGAGGGGUUGCCACAUCUGCAAACUUCCGGGAAGAGUCAUGGGGAUUCGAGUGCUGCGGUUCUCCCUGGUGGUCAUCCUUGUGCUGCUGCUGGUAGCAGGGGCUUUGACCAACUUACUCCCGAACGUCAAAGAAGACAAGAUGCUCACUCUGCGCAGGGAAAUCAAAUCCCCGAGCAAGUCGGCCCUGGAUUCCUUCACUCUCAUCAUGCAGACGUACAACAGAACAGACCUCUUACUAAGACUCUUGAAUCAUUAUCAGGCAGUACCGAAUCUGCACAAAGUGAUCGUGGUGUGGAACAACGUGGGAGAGAAGGGACCAGAGGAGUUGUGGAAUUCUCUAGGGCCUCACCCGAUCCCUGUCGUCUUCAAACCACAAACAGCAAACAAAAUGAGAAACCGACUCCAGGUCUUCCCUGAAGUGGAGACCAACGCGGUGUUAAUGGUAGAUGAUGACACCCUCAUCAGUGCCCAGGACCUUGCUUUCGCUUUCUCAAUAUGGCAGCAAUUUCCUGAUCAGAUUGUAGGAUUUGUACCUAGAAAACACGUCUCUACUUCCUCCGGAAUCUACAGUUACGGAGGCUUUGAGCUGCAGACACCUGGGCUGGGGAAUGGCGACCAGUACUCCAUGGUGCUCAUCGGAGCCUCCUUCUUCAACAGCAAAUACCUGGAACUCUUCCAGAAGCAGCCUGCAGCCGUCCAUGCGCUGAUCGACGAGACUCAAAACUGUGACGAUAUUGCUAUGAAUUUCCUUGUCACCAAGCACACCGGCAAGUCUUCAGGGAUAUUCGUGAAGCCUAUAAAUAUGGUCAAUCUGGAGAAAGAAACCAACGGGUAUUCUGGAAUGUGGCAUCGGGCAGAGCAUUUUCUGCAGAGAUCCUACUGUAUAAACAAGCUCGUUAACAUCUAUGACGGCAUGCCCUUAAAGUACUCCAACAUUAUGAUCUCCCAGUUUGGUUUUCCGUAUGCCAACCAUAAAAGUAAACUGUGAACUGGAACCAAACAGAGACAAACCCAAAACACCGCUGGGUUUUCAGCGGCUUCUCCAUGCUAUGUGGAUUUGUUUUUGUUUCAAGCAACACCCUGAACUUUGAUCUAGUUCACAAGUCUCUAUAAUAGAAAAAAAAAAAGCAUAUGCAGUACUUCUAGAAUAUAAAAUACAUGGACUUCAAAAGCCAAGAAGCUGGCCUUACCCAGAUAGAAUUUCUUGUGAGGAGCUUUUGUCCAAGGUUGUAACUCCUGGAUGGAAAUAUUAUUGUUUACAUCUCGAGACUGCUCUCCAGUUUGUUUGAGCCCUGGCAUUUGCCUUAAGGACCUACAGUAAGCUGCUUCCAGAGACUCAAAAGAGACAACUUUCAGCUGUUCAGUGAAGGUUGGUUGUGUUUAUUUGAAGCCUGAAAUGCCUGCGGAAUAGGGAAAAGCCAUGUGAGGAGAGUUUAGUCUGAACUCAGUGUUGAGAACCAGGAAAAUCUCUUUUCCUGUCGGUGUCUUUUUGGCCCUUCCAAGCAGAACUGACUGAGCCCAGCAUGGUUUUGACUAUCAGCGCUGGUGAUUUUUGCUGUUAUGCCUGAUGUGACUGGGAGUCUAAGUUUUCAUGGCUGACUAUUGUUUAAUUGGGAUUUUUUUUUUUUUUUGGUUUUUGUUUUGUUUGUUUGUGAGCCUACUCUGCAUGGAUCACUAAAAUGUGCCAGCCAUAUUUCUUAUAUGCAACCUAUAUGCAACAAGGAGUCAAUGUGUUCCUGUAAUCUGUCACCUGUGUGUGUGACCUUGAGAAUCUACAUUAGUUGUUAUAUUUCACAGAAUGUGUUGAAUAAAUAUGUAUAAAAUAA